AUGUCUCGAAGGAACAUACCCACCGCCACCACACUUACCGUGCGACCGCUCGACCAUGUCCCAGACGACACCUGCCCGGUGUGUAAUCGCAUACGGUAUCUGAAUACAGAAAUGGAAUUCUUAAUUAACCCAGAGUGUUAUCAUCCAAUGUGCAUUAAUUGUGUCAAUAACAUCUUCAGCAAAGGACCCGCGCAAUGCCCCGUGGCCACCUGCACCAAGACUUUGCGCCAACGCGGUUUCCGUUCAGCCUUCUUUAAAGACCUUAGGAUCGAGCGGGAGGUUGACCUGCGCCGCCGUGUUCAAGCUGUUUUCAACAUGACCCAAGACGACUUCGUCACGCUCCGCGACUACAACGAUUACCUGCAGCAGGUCGAAGACCUGACUUUCGACUUAGUUAAUGGGGACGAGACAGAGCAGCGGAAUGCUGAGCAAAAGCUGCUUACGUACGAGCAGAAACAUAAAGACGAUAUCGAGAAGAACAAAAGGAAGGGUCGCGAAGCAGAUUCGCUGCGCAAACAGCGCGAAGCUGCAGAGGCAGAAGCUGCGCGCCAACGCAGACUCGAAGACCAGCGGGAAGAAGAGCGCGCCCGCGCCGAAGAAGCCUCCAUCAACGCCGAAGUAAUGGAAGCCCUUGAGCGAGGCGAACCCGGCACCGCCGCAGAAGUCCAAGCGCGUAUCAUUGCGCAGAAGCGCGCGCGCGUCGCCGAGAUCGCAGGCUCAAACUUCCCCAGCCUACUCAACGCAUCCAACACACCCGCCCCCACAUCUACCGACACACUCCUCUCGAUCCGGGGCCUCAAAGACAAAUCCAAGCGCGACGAGGACGCCGAUUACUACCUCCGGCCAUACGACGCGUUUGCAGGCCUGGACCUCAAGCCCACGCGGUACGAGCUGCACGAACGCUACGAUAACCCAUGGCUCGAGGACGCGCGUAGCCGCGACGACCAUCGUGUCCCUGGAUAUAGUGCCCACGAGUACGAGGCGCGCGCCAUGUUUGAUGCGUUUGCGGGACUAGGCGUGUUUAUAGCGGAGGAGAAGGCGGAUGCGCAGAAGGCGGUUGGGACGAUAGCUGCGGAGGAGGCGGCGAGGACGGGGAGGACGACGGGGGUGAAGGUUGAGGAGGAUGUUUUUACGUAG